AUGAGCGAAGGUCGGCCCGCCCAGCCCGGAGUGGUUGCACCUCUAUUCCCUACGACGUGGAGGAAUGUCGUAGACCAGGCUGCGCAAUUGAGUGCCUGCUUUGCCGGAGGUCAAGCGAAGGGUGGAUACGUCCCACUCAACUUACCCGGUGGACAGCUUGGUGCGGCUAUGUAUAUGUACAGCAGCGAUUCAAAUUGGAACAUACUCACCAUGAAUACGUACAUGAGCAGCGGAAUCCCUGUCUUACCCCAUACUCAGCCAAACCAGCUCGGCAUGUCUAGCAACGGUUCUUCUUCAAGCCAAUUUGGCUUACUCAGCAAUGCGAGCGUCUUGACCGGCACAUCCUUGGGUGCCUCGACGAUAUCUAUCAAACCUUUCGCACUGGGGGAGCUUGUGCUCCAGGAUGAAACCUGA